UAAAUUGGUUCACAAAAAUAAAUUGCAAACGCGUCGACUGCCCCUUGCAUGACAGUUGGUUUAUCGGUUUAUCAUUUUGCUGUUCAUCAGUAAUUAUUCAAACAAAUAAUAUUUAGAAAUUAUUUUUCGAUAAGAGUUGAUACAAUUAGAUUGUCAAAAUGUUCCGCAAUCAAUACGACAGCGAUGUGACAGUAUGGAGUCCUCAGGGUCGCCUCCAUCAGGUGGAGUACGCCAUGGAGGCGGUAAAACUUGGCUCAGCAACCGUUGGCCUGAAGAACAAGACCCACGCAGUUCUGAUUGCUCUCAAGAGAGCGUCAUCAGAGUUGUCUGCAUACCAGAAGAAAAUCAUUCCCAUCGAUAAACACAUGGGCAUCAGUAUUGCUGGACUUACUGCUGAUGCCAGAAUGCUCAGCAGGUAUAUGAGGGCAGAGUGCUUGAAUUACAAGUACUCUCAUGAUGAUGUCCUUCCAGUCAGUCGGCUCAUUGCCACUUUGGGAAAUAAGAUGCAGACAUGUACUCAGAGAUACGAUAGACGUCCUUAUGGCGUAGGAUUGCUCGUUGCUGGCUUUGACGAUCAAGGACCUCACAUCUACCAAACCUGUCCCUCGGCGAAUUACUUUGACUGCAAAGCGAUGGCUAUUGGAGCAAGAUCUCAGGGAGCGAGGACCUAUCUGGAGAAGCAUUUGAAUGAGUUCUCUCGGAGUUCUGUAGAGGAACUCGUGAAACAUGGCCUAAGGGCACUUAGGGAUACUCUCCCCAACGAACUCGAUCUCUCUGUCAAAAAUGUGUCAAUUGGAAUCGUCGGUAAAGAUCAGGAAUUUGAGAUUCUCGGCGAGACAGAAACUGCUGUAUAUUUAACCGCCAUUGAGGGGGGCGAGAAGAGAGCUAGACCUGCUGUUGGACAGGACGUCCAGCAGGACGAUCAACCACCUCAGGAUCCACCAGCUGAUGAUGGACCUGCUGCUCCACGAGUAUCAGUUGCCAUGGACACUGAGUAAAAUGUUUAUUCUCAUUGAUCCAUACUAUUACUCAAAUUUUUCAGGUUUAAUAAAGUUUUUUUUUCGACCGUAA